ACCUUAUGGAAGCUGGAACGUGCGGGUGAACACCGGAAAUCGAGCGAAUAUGAUUGGGCGUAAACAGAAUUAAGGUGGAGCAAGCUGCUUCCAAGCAACAGCUCCCAAAAACUAUGGUAGCCUCAGGCAGCCAAUCAAAUCUGGAGCCUGUCCAGACGCCGAAAGCUUCCAAGCAUCACGAAAACAUCGUUCAAUCCGUAGUCCACCAAAAGCCAUUCACCACCACCGCACGCCAUCCUUUUGUAUAGCUCGACCGCCCUCCGGAAGAAGCUCAAUUGGCUUGUCGAUUGAUUCCGCCGGCCACCGACCUCAGUUAAAAAGUUUCUCGAUUUAGAAAAAAACUCCCUUCCUCCCACAAACUUUCCACCCAGCAAUAAUGUCGGCAUCACUUCUGCGCAUUGCGGCCCGGGGCCCGGCUACCGCUUUCCUCCGCACCCACGCCGUCGCUCGUCCUUCCAUGGCUGCCCGCGCCGCCAUCAUUGCCCCGGCUCUUUCUGCCGUCAACUCCAACAACAGCUUCAGCAGCUCGGCUCGUCUGCGCGCCGGCCCCCAUGCCGAGGAGACCUUUGAGGAGUUCAGUGCCAGGUACGAACAGGAGUUUGAGGCUGUCCAGGACGUUUUCGAGCUUCAGCGUAACCUGAACAACGCUUUCGCCUACGAUCUCGUGCCAUCUCCCGAGGUUCUCAAGGCUGCCCUUAAGGCCGCCAGGAGAGUUAACGACUUCGCCACCGCCGUCCGUAUCUUUGAGGGUAUCAAGGCCAAGGUCGAGAACGACGGCCAGUACAAGCAGUACCUUGAGGAGCUCAAGCCCCUGAGGGAGGAGCUCGGCAUCCCGCUCAAGGAGGAUCUUUACCCCGAGGGCGAGGAGGCCGCACACUAAGCUUUCUCUUUGUCAUAUUAGGCGGUUUAACAGGAUACUGAUCUUAGACGUGGGAGGCGUGGGAGAGCUCGAAUUUGUGACUCUCCGUGUACAAGUGCACAGCAAAAGGCAGCGGAGCGAGAAGUGCCGAAAAAAUAAUUUGGGGCGAAAGAGUCUUUGAGGUCUUUGUGUGAUACCCCCAGGCAACGACCCUCGAACACAAAAAAAAUAGAGACACAUCGAGAUCCUCACCGGCGCUUGUAGCAACAUGUACAUGUUCACACACACAACUUUCUAGACAUAUUUCUUUAGAUUCGGUUCUCGGCUUGGCGUCUCCUAAACAUAGAGAUCUCACAUGUAGGCGAUCAACUCUUAUAUUCGGUGAAGCAAGAGUGACGAUCCGUCCCUAAUACUAACAAUUGUGCUGGUUGAUGUUAAGUCUAGGCCCCGCAGAAAAUCAUAACAACAUGGAUAUGCAAAGUACAAACCAGAGGUCCAAGAAUAAUUGAUAAUAAUAAUGAUGAGCUUGUGGCCAUAGUCUGAUGGUCGUCACUAAAGCUCGAAACUGUAAACAUGUGCAAGUAUCUACCUGGAAUAUUACGAAAGAAAUCAUUAUACC